AUGCCUUCAAGAAUCGAGCCAGAUGAUGCACCACUCCUGGCAUCAUCAACUUUGGCACCAGCAAAGCCACUCUCACAAUUCAAACGUCUCUCCCCUGUAGUCGGUCUGUACGAGCCCCCCAAAGCCUCAGGAGUACCCUCUCCUAACGACCCAACCACCAUCCUCUUCUGCUCCUGGAUGAACGCCACCCCGAAACAUAUCGACUACUACACACGCACAUACAUGCGUCUUUACCCAUCCGCGCGCAUCAUCCUCGUCACCAUCGCCACCAAGCAAUUCAUGUUCGAAACCGAAGCCAGGCGCCGGAAAGACGUCGCUCAGGCAGUCACCGCGCUGCUAGCUCAAGAUCCAUCCAUCCAGAGAUUGCACGUGCAUUCGCUGAGCAACGGCGGCGCCAAAAGAGUCUACAACAUCGCCGGGGCGUAUAAAACAACUACCGGGAAAAGCCUCCAGAUGAAAUCCCACAUCAUUGACUCCGCUCCGGGCAUCCCAAGAUUCAGGAGGGAUAUCCACGCGCUUGCUGUGCCGGCGAGGAAACUCCCGCUGUUUCCGUGGAUGAUGUUCAUGUCCGUCACAUAUGUUAUUGUAUCUGUUGUUUAUGUGGCGGUGAAUUGGAUGCCGAAGUCUUUCUGGCACCAGCUGGUUUGGGGGCCGACUUUUGCAUUUUACAACAAAGAGCUGUUUGAUGAGAAGUGUCUUAAGGCGUAUAUAUACAGUAAGGAGGAUUUGGCGAUUGAUUGGCGGGACGUUGAGAAUCAUGCGAGGACUACGGAGGAGAAGGGUUACAGGGUAUUAAGGAAGUUGGUGGAGGGCGCGGAGCAUGUCCAAAUGUUCAAGGGGAAGGGUGGAGAGCAGGAUUAUUGGCGUUGGGUGCAGAGAGUUUGGGGGUUGGGGAUUGGGGUCGGUGAGAAAUGA